AUGGCUAAUCCUCAUAUCCCAGUUGAAUUUAAUAAAGAUGAUGAUGAAUUGAAAUGUCACCCUUCCUAAAGUGGUUCCACAGCCACUCCUACACUCUUUGAGAAUCCAAACAAUUCUAAAGCUUUCUGUUCACAGUUUUUUGAAGAUCAAUUACACUAAGAUGAUGAUGAAUUUGACGAACUAAAUCAGUAAUUAAACUAAGUCUUGCUAAAUGAUUCCUUUAAACCUUCACUUACCUAAGCUUUUACAGCUGACAUGUCAUCAUAUCUUAGUCAUGAGAAGUUGACAAAAAACUCUAGAAAGAUGCAAUAAGAAUAUUAGAAUGCCACUUUGAGGGAGAAAGAUUUUGUAUUCAACACUUAUAUUAAAAAUGAUAUUGAGAAUUUUAGUUUGGAUAAAUACAGACAUUACAUACUUGAAAAAAUCAUUGAAGUUGGUCCACCCUCCCAUAGAAAUCUCAUUCUAAAUAGAAUUUAUAAUUAAAUACAUAAACUCAUCAAAGAUCUCUAUGCUUGUAAGGUUAUGCAAAAGGGUUUGGAAGUCAUGGUAUUAAAUCCACAAGAUUCUAUGGAAUAAUUGGAGAACUAUCUUUCAUUCAUACAUCAAGACAAUAUCUAAAUGAAGAAAAUCUAUGUCGAUAAGAUUGCUAAUCAGAUUAUUCAAAAGAGUCUGGAAAUCCUAGAAGGAAAUAAUCUAUUGAAAUUACUUUAGAAUCUAUCUAAAUAUAUUCUCAGUAACAACAAUGAAAAGUUCGAAUUAUCAACUGAUCAAUAUGGAUGUCUCAUUGUCAAUAAGAUCAUUGACAUCUAUCCAAAAUAGUUCGAUGCAUAGACUAAGUCGAUCUGCAAUAACAUUAUAGUUAGGGCUAUCGAAAAUUGUUCUUGUCUCACUAGGAGAUAGUACGCCAACUAUAUUAUCUAACAAAUAUUGGAGAAAGGACAGGAAGUCCAUAAAAGAUUGUUAAUUGAUCAAUAUCUUAUUAAAGACUUUAUUUCAAUGUCUUUGGAUAAGUAUGGUAGCAAUGUAGCAGAAAAGGCUAUCAUUUAUGCAGGUCCAUAGUGGAGAUUGAAAUUAUGGGAAGAAGAAGUCUCUAUUUCUGAAAGUUCCUUUAAGAAAUUGGUAAAUGAUCAAUUUGCUAAUUAUCCAAUAUAAAGACUAUUCGAGUACUUGGAUCAACAACAAAGAAACGAGUUCAUUGCUCUAUUGAAUAAGUUACAUGGCAACAAUCAGUUGAAUAAUCAUGGUUAAAUAGUUAUGAAAUUCGCUUAAGCCAAUUAUUCUAUCAAAAGAUACACUCAAAAGAUUGUAUAGUCGGAACUAAGCAAAAAUAACAAGAAUUAGGAUAAUAAAGGAUAGAAGAAUCAAAAGCAAUCAUAAAAUCAAUAGAGUCCCCCUUUGCAGAUGCAACAAUAAUAGCAAUCCUUAUAUCAAUAGUAGAUGUAAUAGAUGUUCUUACAACAACAAUCACAAUUCAAACAGUUUGAUCAAUAAUAAUAUUAAGCUGCUGUUAUGCAAUAAAUGCUUAUCUUUUAAUAGCAAUAAUAACAAUUAUUAACUUAAAUGCCAUAAUUGUACAAUUAGGACAUGAAUUAUAUGCCUUAUCCAAUUAUGACAUAAGAGUAAUAGAUGAUGAUGCUACGAUGGAUUCAACAGUAACAGCAACUUUGCAACGCAAAUAUUAAAUUCCAAAAUGGAUAAUAAAAAUGA